CACACCAUUGCACCAUACCACCAUGGAGGGACACGCCAGGGUUUCUAUACUGUUGCUGACCAUCACGAUGGUCGCAGCAAAUGCAUUAGAAGGGAGAAAAAUGAUGCACAUCCCAGAGAAGAUCAUUGGAGGGGUCAUUGACAUAGUUCAGAAUCAUAAGAACAAGCCUACACAGCAGACCACCACUGUCCAGUCCCAGACGCAGCAGCAGAACUUCCAGCAAGGGUACCCUCAGCAGUAUGCACCUUGGAACACUGGCUACCAGAACCAAGGUCAAGGGCAAUACCAGGGUCAAUAUGUGAACUAUGGAUACCCCCAACAAGGCAGUUAUCCCCAAGGAGGAUACGGCAAUCAGGGGUAUCCAUCUAACCAGCAGUUCGGAGCAUCCCAAGUCCAGGGACAGUACCAACAGACUAAUGGAUUCGAUGGUCAGCAGGCCAACCAAUUUCAAAGCCAGGGACAGGCACAGGGUCAAAAUCAGUACCAGAAUCAACAGGCUGGACAGUUUGUCAACCAGAACCAGCAGUUCACCAAUGGAAACUACCAAGGGGCUCAACCAGUGAACCAGCCAGCUAACCAGCAAGUGAAUUAUCAGCCAGCCACUCAACCCUCGGGUGGUUUCGUACAGGCGACCGGGUCAUACGGCGGUCAUCAAUCAUCUAACUUUGGCAGUCAACAGUCAAGUUUUGUAGGACAAACCCAACCCUCUAAUAACUAUGUUGGAAACCAACAGGGUCAGGUACCACAGUCCACUUUUGUUGGCCAAAAUGUCCAGUCAUCCCAUUUCCAAGGACAGGCUGGUUAUCCAGGUGCACCAGGGUUUGCUGGUUCCAAUAAUGGCAGCUUCCAGACGACCAGUGGUGGUCAUCAAACGGGAACUCCUGGACCUACCUGCGUAUGCCAAGCUUGGACUAAACCUCAAAAUGGAGUACUCAAUGACAAUGGUACUCAAAGAAGUGAAGAAAAAGAUGAGAAAGCCGUUUAAAGGAAAUUAACUUAGCAAAUUGUAGUAGGGGUAAUUGUUGCAUUUACUUUUGUAUCAGGCGCUCAAACGGCUUGUUUACGUUAAUAAUGUAACCUAAAGAUAAAUAAUAUCUGUGUUGUCUAUCAUGUAAAUUAUCUCAUAAAUAUGAUUUAAUCUUAUACUUUCUUUGUAUUAACAUAGUGUAAUCUAUGUAUGCAUGUACUUAAU